AUGUCCUACUACGAUAUUGACACGAUUCUUACAGACGCUCAAAAAAUCCCAUGCACAUUCGAGCUCGAUGUUCCGUCUCUAGGCUAUCUUGAUAAUAAUGCUGCCACGCCCCUGAAAAAACAUACUCGCGUUGAUCUUCCUUUAUGGCUCGCUGAACUUCUCGCUGUUUCCUCCUCUCCCUCUUCUCAAAAGUCUCUCGUAACCCUCGAUCUACCCGCUUGUCUCGCCCCACGCGUUCUUAAUGCAUUGAAAGCCGACCCUAAGAGUGUUGACUUGCGCAACCUGGCGCAGAAUUUCUAUGGAUUGGGUGUAAGAGUUUUGGAGCUGUUCGAGGAAGAAGAGGUAUGCGAUGUUUUGAUGGAGAGUUGGAGGAUAAGAGCUGGUGAGAUUAGUGAUCAUGCAGGUAGUGGAAGUGUAGGACAGAGAAAUAACAGAGGGGGAGGAGAAGGAGUGGAGUUUUUGAGGGGUCUGGAUGAAGCGGAACGGCAGCUGUUCAAGGCGGCACACGAGGGGUCUAAAGCAAUGGGGAAAUGGAUGGGCGAGGUGAAGAAAGGGUAG